GCACCACAACGUCAGCAGCCUCCCGCUCGACCCAAAAUGGAUACCGUUCUCCGCGGUCAGGGUUGCCGAGGAGUUUUUGUACUUCACUCUGACCCUGAGGACCGACGACUGGAUGUACGAGAGGCCCCGUUAUCAGUACUACCUGGGAGACAUGGUCCGUAUCGAGGCCACUGUGAGGCAGUACCACCACGUGCCUCUGCGUGUUUUUGUGGAAACCUGCACGGCUACUCUCUCGCCAGAUAUGAACUCCGACCCCAGAUAUACCUUCCUUGAUCAGGGGUAA